UAAAAAAUCAAGAAAGUGACAAUUACACGAGGUCAUCGAUGACAAUGCCCUCCACACCCACCAUCCCUCUUCAAACAAACCACAUUCACCAAAUCUCUUCCCUUCCUCGUCCACUCAAUUCUCUCUGCAAAAAACACCAUGCUAGAUCCAAGAAAUGAACUCGGUCGCGCCCGCGACAGUUAUGGCGGUUGGGGGUCCAAGAAUUAUGGCGCCAAGGCUGUAAAGGCAGCCCAGAACUACGAGAGUUAUAGGAGUUUUGACGGCGGGAGUGUCCAGUUUAGGCCUGGGAACAUGGAGGAAGAGGAGUCCGGCGUUUGCUCGCCGCCUUUGUGGAAGACAAGUCCGCCCAGAGGUCCCCUGCCUCCGCGGCAUCCACAGAGGGCUUACGGGCAUCUGUCUCCGGUUUCGAAAACUCAAGCAAUCGCCAGAGGCCAGUGGGAGCUCAUGGAGAUGGUCAAGAGCAUGCCCGAGUCGUCGUACGAGCUGUCCUUGAAGGAUCUCGUGGAGCACACUAGAGUGGAGACUCAGGAGGAGUGUUUGGUUGGAGAGAAAAAUUUGAAAAUUUUUGGUAGUGAAUUUGUAGAUCAGAGGGUGAAGGUAAUGAGGCAAGAGAGCAAGAAGAAUGAAAAGAAAGCGAAGAUGGUGAGGAGUGGAAGCAUUGACAAUCGAGGGUUGUUUCUUAAGAUGGUCAUUCCAUUCUAUUUUGGAUCGAAGAAGAAGAAGAAAGCAACAAACACUUGUGCUAAAGUUUCUCCCAAACCAGAGGUUUCGGAUAGAUCUUCCAAGGGUGUUGAUAAAGAUUGGUGGAAGAAAAAAGUUGUUGGUUCCGGUGAGAGUGAAAGUGGUGUAACAACCAGCAAUAGUGGCAGCAGUGGUAGCAGCAGCAGCAGCAGCCGUAGCAACAGCGGCAGGAAGAUGAGUGCUUUCAUACCUGGUUGCUGGUCUUUCUUCUGCACCAAGAAGAGCAAAACUGGAAAGUGAAAAUUCCGCGGGGCUUAAUCGGCGUACCAAAUAAAAAAAAAAUCCUUGUAAAGAGCCUACUAAUAAUUUCUAGAUGAAGUAAAUUGUAGAUAUUAUGAAAGAAGAAAAUUUGCAGUGCAUCAUAUGCACAUCCAUAAAAAGUCUUUUACAUAUAUACUCGGUAUUUAUUUUCCUUU